UUGAUUGUAUAAAUGCAAUGCAAGUGCGCUACGUUCGAAGUCUAAGCUCUGGGUUCCGUUCACGUUCAGCCACCAAAAGUGCCACUUCCAAACCUCAACCUUCAUCAUCUUCUUCUUCAACCUCGUUAUGCCUUUCGGAACUUGAUGAGGAUUUCAUGCUCUCAAGCCUCAAGCUUAAACAACUCUCUGAUUCAGGAGAUUCGGCUGACGGGGUGUUUAAGCAUAUUUCUUCUAUUUUCCAUGCUGGUAAGUCAGCCAAGAAACCUGGUUCUGGGGAAAUUGAUGGUGCAAAGGAGUUUGAAAGAGUGCAAAAUCUAUCGUGGUUGUCGAGCAUCUCUCAGAACAAUAUAUUAUUGCAACGGAAAGAGCAAUCUCAUAAAAAGAAACAAAAGUUCGUGUUUGAAGUCUCUCAAGAAAUUCGUUUUCAGAAGUUAGUUGAAGUCUCUGCAAAAAUGCUGGGACCAGAGACUACCCUUGACUUGUUUGGUAAACUUGGACGAAAACCAGUUUCCAAAGGAUACAAUGCAUUGGUAGAAAUGUGCAUAGAUAAAGCCAGGGGAACUGAUGAUGAAGGCAUCGCAGUAGAACUGGGGAAGGUUUUUAACCUUUUUAAAUCAAUGAGGAAACAAGGUUUAGAGCUAGAGGACCAAACGUAUCGCCCACUUCUUUUGUAUAUAAUUGAUAUGCGUAUGGUUGAGGAGUUUCAGUUUUUCUAUGUUAUUAUCAAAGAGGAGAAUCCCAGUUCAGUUGCAAGGCUGGGUUACUAUGAAAUGUUGUUGUGGUUGAGAGUUAAUAAUGAAGAAAAGAUUCAGAGUAUUUGUAAUUAUAUUGCAGAGAAUGACAGUGAGGACAUGUCUGUUAUACGAGAAAAUGUUCUGUUGGCUCUUUGUGAAAGUGAACGGACAGAGGAGAUUUUGAAGCUGUUGGAAAUCAUAGACAUAAAAGACCUUUCAUCUGUUGAAUCUGUAGCAAUGGUAUUUCAGGCAUUAGGAAGAUUACUAUUGGAACCUGUGGCAGAGAAGUUCCUUUUUCACUUAAAAAAUAGUGAUCAUGAAGCAAAUAAUAUUACAAACUUCAUUGCUUGCUAUGUCGUUAGCAUUCCAAAUUUAUUGGUUGAGGAUGUCAAAAAAAAGUUCAAAGAUUUGCACCAUAGACUAGAAGUUUCACCUUCAUCCUCAUCAUAUGAGAAGAUCAUUUUACAUAGCUGUGCAUUGCACAAGGUUAAUGUAGCACUUGAUAUUGUCAAUGAAAUGUGUGAAGCAGGUUUGACACUAUCAACUGACGUAUUACACUCAAUGUUACAAAUUUGUGACGACACAUCUGAAUAUAAUUUGAAAAACAUCAGUGAUGGGGUGAGGAUCCUUGAGCACAUGCCCUGUGCUGAUAGAAAACCGGAUUCAUAGAGCUCAGCUACCUAAUUAGAAACUCUAAACCUGAAGAGGAUAGAGGGAAUCUCUACAGGUGAUCUCAUUGAUACUGCAGAUGAGCUUGAAUGAAGUCAAGGAUAUUCUUGUCUGAGUACUUAGGCCACAUGGGCAAUUGUCUGAGACUCUUGUUAUUUAUGGGGAAAUUAACCAAGCUGGACGCAAUCUGGAGGCAAAAGA